UGCUUACGAGCCAGCCGUCAGGAGUUUCCACCAAGUUCUGUCCUCAGUCCUCUGGUAUGAGAGUCACAGAUCAGCUGUCUGCCGACCAAAACCAGAAGGGUAUCAGCUCAGCGGCUCCUUCAAGGUGUUCAGUUCCACAGUGUGACCAACAGGCCUCGGUUCUACAGAAAAUGGAGCGUAAAAGGAAACACCUCCCAAAGGAAAACAUAACCAACGAAAACAACAGAGAAAGCACGAAUCUUACAGGAAACCAUGUCUCAUGUAACAAUUCAUCAGCAAAAACAAGUAAACUUGUGAUAUUGGAAGAAGGUGCUGGUGAGGUCGAAACCUACCUCAAUUCCAGGCACCGAAAGGCAUUCACAACUGAUUUCUGCGACAUCAGACACUUGGAUGCUUUGGAGCAAAGCCGGCUGACCGAGAUGCUCAAGCAGGCAGCCACCGUGGUGGUGACUCUGCUGUAUGAGGACGGCUCCACCCAGCUGAGAGCUGGCCAGGCUCUGGUUUCCUCUGUUAAAGGCAUUGUGAUGUUACUGAGGAGCCAUCCAGAGGAAGGCAGCAGUCCUCUGACCUCCCCAGCCUCCGACAAUGUUCUGGAGGACACGCCCAGUGAUCAGUGUAUCUACAUAAAAACUGAGCACUCCCCUAUCUGGGGCCAAGAGCAAGAGGCACAUCAUCAAUUUGCCAAGAAUGUGCUGCUCGAAGUACUGAAAUGUAAACGCCCCGUUAUUUGCUUUAACGCAAAGGAUUUUGUGAGGACAGCGCUGCAGCUGAUCGGUGAUGAUGGCGGUUGGAAGUGUGUUGCUGACUUUGUAGGGCUAGAUCCCAGAAUUGCUGCGUGGCUCAUAGAUCCGACUGAUGCCGCACCCUCUUUUGAAGAUUUAGUGGCAAAGUACCUGGGAAACCCCACCACACUUGCAGUCAACAGCACGGAUGGAAGUUCCUCCAGAAAGACUGUGAAUCAGACUGUCCGUGCGAACCUGAGGGUGCUCCACAGACUGACGAUGCACCUCUGCUCCCAGCUGCAGGUUUGUGGUUUAUGGCAGCUCUUCCGGACUUUGGAGCUUCCUCUGAUACCGAUUUUGGCAGUGAUGGAAAGCCACCGCAUUCGGGUGAACAAGGAGGAGAUGGAGCGGACGUCAGCGCUUCUCGGGUCUCGCCUCAAGGAACUGGAGCGAGAAGCCCAUUUUGUUGCAGGAGAACGGUUUCUUAUCACGAGUAAUCAUCAGCUUCGAGAGAUCCUGUUUGGCAAGCUGCGGCUGCACCUGCUGUGCCCACAGGACGCGCUCCCCACGACGGGGCUGCGGAGACUCCCGUCCACGUCGGAAGCUGUGUUAAAUGCUCUGCAAGACCUUCAUCCAUUACCCAAAAUAAUUUUGGAAUACAGGCAGGUUCACAAGCUCAAGUCCACCUUUGUAGAUGGCCUGCUGGCCUGCAUGAAAAAGGGCGCCGUAUCCUCCACGUGGAACCAGACGGGCACCGUGAGCGGAAGGCUGUCAGCGCAGCACCCGGUGAGUCAGCGCUGGGGAAGCGCCGUCUCUGUGAGGGAGGUUUCGCCUGGAUGCGCGGCUGCCGGAGCACCUUUUGUUUCUGAAAGGAGAAAGAAAAGAAAGUGA